UGAAAGUCACUUAAAUAAUUGGGAACUACUCACAAAGUUCUCGUUGUGUCAUUCGUAAAUUGAUUUCGUGUACAUUAUUGCUGAAAGACCAGCACAGUAAGUGACGAAAUGAGGAGCAAAUGGUAGUUUAUUUAUUUAUUCUUUUUAAGAUGGAAAAACUGGAAAAAGAAGGAAAAGAAGACAAAAAUGAUAUGGGUAAUUGGACCCUGCAGUAUGUUGCUGCUGCAUCUGCUUCAUUGGCCAACUUCUCCACGGGCAUCGUCUUCGGCUGGCCCUCCCAGAUCAGCGACGAACUAAUGCAAGGCAAACUCGACUUUCCCAUAAACUCCGACGACUUAGGCUGGAUUUGUUCCUCCUCGUCCAUAGGCGCCGCUCUUCUCGCCCUCUUCAUAGGCUCCCUAUGCGACAAAAUAGGUCGCAAGAUCACCAUGCUCCUCCUUAUCGGCGUCUUUGAAAUAGGAUGGGUCUUAAUCAUACUUUCCAAUAGCGUUUGGAUGCUCAUACUAGGAAGAUUCAUGACUGGAAUGGCGGGAGGUUCUUAUUGCGUCACCGUCUCCAUGUAUAUCGGAGAAAUAGCUCGGAAAGAAGUGAGGGGGGUACUUGGCAGCCUCGUACAGUUCAUGAUAUCCUGCGGGAUACUUUUCACCAACGUUGCCGGAGCGUAUCUGUCGAUAAGGUCUUUGUCUAUAGCUUGCGCAGCACUCCCAAUUCUUUUCGGCUUCGCCUUUUUUAGCAUGCCGGAAACUCCUUUUUAUUUGCUACGUAAGGGAAGAAUCGAAGAGUCCAAAGAGUCCUUGAGGAAGUUUCUGGGCAAACAUUACGUAGACACAGAAUACGAGGACCUUAGGCUCCAUCUAAAGUGUGACACAAGCGAAAAACAGAGUACCGUAAGUGUUUUCAAGAAGAGAUCUGUAAAGAAAGCUUGUGUCCUAGGCGUUGGUCUAGCCUUAGUCAAAGUAUUAACAGGUAUAGACUCCGUAACGUCGUAUUUGAGUCACAUCUUCGGCAAGACGGAUAUCGAAUUAGGUGCACAGAACGCUUCCAUCAUCUUCGCUGUGUUCGAGGUAUUCUCAGUUGUGCCCCAGGCCCUACUGGUGGACAGACUGGGAAGGAAAGUUCUACUAGUAGUCACACAGAUUGUAAUGGGGCUUUGCUUGGGUGUUACCGCUCUUAGUAUAGCGAUAGAAAGUGAAAAUGCCGUGGUUCAAUAUAUACCAGUGGUGGCCCUGUGCUUGUUCGUAGUAGGCUUUUCUGUCGGCAUAGGCCCUAUUGGGUGGAUUAUAACAGCCGAGAUCUUUGAAGAGAAGAUCAAGGGGCGAGCUAUGUCUGUGUGUACGUUCCUUAUAUGGAUUUUGGCCUUUGUGAGCGUAAAGUUGUUCGUGGUUUUCGAGGACCUAUGGAAUAUUUCAGUCCCACUUUACGUAUACUCCGUUAUUUCCUUGGCCGGCGCUUUCUUUAUUUUGUUCUAUGUGCCGGAGACCAAGAACAAGUGAACAGUUGAAGAGAUAGAAAAAGAGCUUUCAUAAUUACCUUUACUGUGGCAUUUGAAAAAGUAAUCAAAGCUUCCUGCCACAUUUAACUUAUACUGCGAUCUGUGAUCACCGGGUCUAUUCCAGGCGAAUUAGAUCAUAAAACCUGUAAACUUGACAAAAUUAUUAGUACACAUUUUAUUGCACUUUUUUAUGACCUAGUGCGACGUUCACACGCAUGCGCGGGCCCGGCGCCCUUUCUCCCGCGUGUAGGCCCUUCAUUAAUGUUAAUUUUUACUGCUGCUAGCGCGUUUAUUACAUGAAUUAUCAAUUUAAAACUUUCUGAAACUAAAGGUUUAAU